AAUAAUAUCCGAUGUGAUCCAACCCUUCAGCUGUUCGCACAAAAGCUUCAGUCUCAAAAUGGACAGGUGACGCUUUGAAAACAGAUCCUCCUUCGAGCUGGAAUCUCAACGCUCCGAUGAAGUUCCAACAACUGGCCACCCUCGCGACGUCUGGGGCUGUUGUGGUGUUCGCUGUUUACACAGUCAAGCUCCUCAUCACGUUUCUCUCGGAUCUGGAAAGCGAUCGUGAGCGACGGAUUUCAGCGACGCCCAAUGGUUUGCUCUGGGACGUUGGCCUCAUUGCACAGUUUGUCGUGCAGCACAGUCUCCUAUGCAGAUCUGGACGACUCGAAAGGUGCUUUGGAGUCCUGAGCCGGUCCAUCUAUGUGUUCACCAGUUGCAUUUCUCUCGUGGUUUUGAUGUACUUCUGGGUUCCCGCCGCCAACGAGUCUGCGCUGUGGAGCUGGAACAUUACCGACAGUUUGUUGCUGUCAUGGGGCUUCACAGCAUUGCACUACGUCUGCUGGGCGCUCAUUCUCGGAGGCUGCUACAUCUUGGACAUUGGAGAGCUGGUGGGGCUCAAACAGGUUUGGUACGGCCUGAAGGGUUACGGCAGCCCGCUGCAAGAAAAGGCUUGGCAGUUUGUCCGCUGCCUCGGGCACAUGCGGCACCCCGGCCUCACCGCCCUGGCGGCCAUCUUGUGGAUGCGUCCCACCAUGCACCUGGAUAGGGCUGUCCUGGCUCUCUGCUUCACAGUCUACACCUACGUCGCGCACGACGUGGAUGUGCUAGACUUUGAGUACGCCCGACGCCUGUGCGAGCAGAAGGCCCGGAGUCCUCGAAGUGAAGGGUCGCACGCGAGACGUUGAAACAUUGUUUGUUGCCGCUUUGUAACUUAUUUAUAUAAUGACUUCUACCUUUAAUGGAGCGCAACUCGCGCCCCCUAGAAGACUUGUUGCCGCCAACAAAAUCGGCCUUUUCCAAGUAUCAAACUCGGAACUCUCCAAGACUAGCGAAGUGCUUUUCCAACUACCUAAGCUAACCAGGUGCUAGCAGUCAGUAGAGCAAAUGGAUGUUAAUGGUUCCCACCAGCCUUGAUCAUAAUCAUUGCAAGGGCAAGAUUAGAUGUUAAUUAAUAUAAUGAUAUUUAGGGGAAGUUCCCAAGGUGGAGAAGAUGUAUGUAAGAAUAAAUUAACUUCCACCUAAAAUGGAGUGCAACUCGGGCCCUCUAGGCAACCGAUGGCCGCUCAAAAAAAUCCGCCGGGUCAAUGCCUUGGCGAGUUUCGAUAAAAAUCAUUAUAUUAAUCAUUAACUUUUUAUCUCACCCUCGCAGUACUUAUGAUCAAGACUGGUGGCGACUGUUAACGUUUCUCCAUUCCACUGACUGCCAGGAGCUCCUGGUUAGCUCAGAUGGUAGAGGGUGCGAGAUGCUUUUUAUUUCGGUGAAAGUCAAUUUAUUCUUACGGUUUUCUAACAGCGUCAUCCAUGCGAGGUUAAACGGUCUACUACGCUUGAGGCUUUUGUGCAGUUGUACGAAGGUGCUUUUUAAGAAAAAUUUUCGGUUCGCAUAGAAGUUGGAACAGCGUUUUAAAUUACACUACAUGGUUAAGUCAUUGCCUCGAGUGUCGAGGCAUCUCUACAAUUUUGUACACCAGCGAACUCAAAGUUUGACAGUGCGUUAUAUUUUAUGUUAAGUUGGAAACAUGCUUUUACCACGAAAUGUUCAUAAACCAACUUUUCUAUUUAUUUGAAUGAGUUGACCUUUUUAUUUUUGGGAAAUGUUGUCAAAAAUUAAGGUUGGACCUAUAAUCAUGACCGGAGAAUUUCGACGUACAUUUGUCACCAAAUUUCGCGACACUAUCGAGGGCAUGGACCUAUUAGUCGCCCAGCCGGCGUCGCCGUAGAGCCGCGCCGCUUCUUGUUUCAGAAUGCUUUUGGUGCACGAAAACAACCAAAACAGCAGCAGCCGGUGGCCCCGCCCACCCGCUGUGACCGCCAUCCGCAUGCAUCCCUUGGGGCAUCGGGUUUCACGCCUGUCAGCGGCCGGCGCCGCUCACGCAUGCCCCUCGCUACACAAGAGGGGAGGGAGAGGGAUGCCAUGCACCUUGCUUCCUCCCCUUACCUCCAUCCCCCUCUCCCUCACGGAUGCACACCAAAAGAAAAUACUCGGGUUACUUUCGUUGAUAAUGCGAUUAAUGCAAAGGUGCAAGCGAGGUGGACAAGAAUGACGAUAAAAGGCUCGAGGCACACCUAAGCACUUCUUACGAGUUGUGAAUGCAAAAGCAUGAAUGUCGUUCUUGCGCGCAUUCUCUCAUGAAGUGGCCGCUCUCCCGAGUAUGCUCGAGCGGGCUCUUUCUGGGAAGCCCCGCCAGCCAAACGCUUCCUUUUCCCGGCGCGCUCUGGCGAGGCUUCAUCUGGUGCGAGCACGUAGCGCCACAGGGGUGGCUAUCCUUGAAACUCACGCGCCUCGGCCAAUGAGAGCCUCGUUACUGGAAACUAUGACGCGUGCCAGCCAAUUGAAGUCUUAUCUAUCAGGUUUCGGCUUCACUUGGAGAGCGGAAUUUAUUUACCGUUUGGCAUGGCUUUUUGCACAGCUUCAAAGCUGGGAGCCUUCAGAUCGCAGCUGCACUUCGCUCCAUUGGGAGGGGGAAGUUUAGCUUCCGUUUGGUGCGGCAACUGAUGACGUCGGCUCACUCCAUGGGACAGUUAAUGCUUUCGCAUUAAUAAUCCCUGGAGAAGGAGAACAAAGGACAAACACAAAUAUCCAAGCACAGCUAGGCGACUGGAGCGCCACCAAAAAAAUCCGCCUGGUCCUGAUAUUUUCGUCAUUCUUGUCCAGCUCGCUUGCACCUCAGAAUAAUUGCGUUGUCAUAACUUUAAAGUGCAGGCCGUUACCCUUGUUGAUGUUAAACUGGUGGCAGCUGAUAAAACCCGUUUGCCCUACUAAUGUCUAACUCCUGGUUAGCCCAGUUGGUAGAGCGCUUCACUGGGAAUGCAGAGGUCCCUGGUUCGAUAACAGGACCAGGCGGAUCUUUUUGGUCGCGCACCAGUCACCUAGCUGUGUUUGGAGAUUUGUUUGUCUUUUGUUCCCCUUCUCCAGGGAUUAUUUUCGUCAUUCUUGCCCAGCUCGCUUGCAACUUGCAAUAACUGCAGUAUCAUCGAGCUUGAAGAGACCUUUUUUUACCAGAUGUCCGCAAAGGCUAUCACAAUAUAGCGACAAAGUAGCGGGUCUGCGUGUUUGUUUAAACACUAAAGGUUCCAUGUUCAGACAAAUACAAAAUGGCAACUAUGGGGUCCUCAGCAUUAAAGCCUUGCACAGAACCAUCUAAGUAUGUCCCGCAUACGUACUUUGAAAUCCUAAAAACACAAUGACAUGAAGAAACCACAAACCUGUGGAAGCGUGCGAGAUAAAACCCGCACGCACAUCAGCGUAAACACGUCCGUCUGUGUCGUCUCGGCCGUGCAGUCGCAUCUUUGGACGUUUUUUAAUGCUAGCACAACGACUUUUGUUCCUAAUUAAAAGCAUCGCAAACUAUUUUAACCAUUAUUGCACCCUGCGCAAGUGCCUAUUACAGUAAAUUUAUAAUUAGAACAAAACAAAAAUAAAAAGGGGCUGCUGCCGGUAAAACGAGCAGCCAAUGACGUCAUAGUCAUGUGGACCAAUAGGAGUCAACAUAGUUUUGUUUGUUUUUGUUUUUUCCUUGGCUCCGCCCCCCUGUAAUGGGUAGGAUUUCAAAAUACGCGUCCCUCCCACGUAGCUAACCCAAUGCCACUGCCAUUCACCUUUGACAUGCCCGUGUAUCAUUAUUGAGGCACAUCUCUUGUAGUCGUGUUCACUGGGGAUGUGCGUAUGUUACACACGUUUAGCAAUAUCUGGUGCCACCAUCGUUGGUUUCACACUAAAACCUAAGGCCGUGUGUGUUGUGUUUUCGUGGUCCGAAUUGAACAGCAAUUGAAAUGCCAAUUAGGCAGCUAUCUAAUGACAAGAUUAGGGUUCUGGUACUUCACUUUGUUUUAGCAUUAUUGUGAUAAACUAAUAAUUUAAUACAAUUUCAACUGUUCUGCAGCACGCAGUAAACCUUGUAGCAAAUGGCACUUCAUCCUGAAAUCAUAAUGCUUCUGGAAUUGCGCAACUUCGGCAGAUUUUGGACCACUGAAAAUAAUUUGUCUCAUCAGCAACUGCAGCACUGCCUUCGUAGAAUAAAGACGAUUCACAAGUUUUUUCGUUUAUUUAAUAAAGUUUUCUCUGACGAGAAGGGAA